AUGGGGAGCAUCUUUGCGGAUUUCCAUGAAGCCCAGCGGGUAGGGCAUGGUCCGCUCCUUGCAUCCUGUCUGGCUCCCAUCGAUACAGAACGCGACUCUCGUCGCCUCGAGUCAUUCGCGCAGCUAUCAAACUAUCAGACGGUCUCGGCAGAUGUGCGUUAUCACAUCAUUCAGGGUCGCAAUGCUGCAAAACUGCCCAAAGCCGAAGCUAAUGCUUGGGUCGACAUCUUUGUCGCACUAUGGAAAUGUGUCAAAGAACUUGUUGCGCUCCGGCAAGGCACUGGCAUGGGCGACUGGUCCAAGGCGUUUGAUUCGUACAGAGAGUUGUGUAAUCACCUGGUUAGAGGGUACACCAACUUUGGAUUCCAGGCCUGGACUGUUCCCUGCCUCAGCGUGGCAGGAAAGUAUCUCCGCAUGAUAGCGAUGAGAGCAGACAGCGAGAACAAGGCCAAAGAGGGAAAUGGAGAUGUCUUUGCGAGUGGCUUCUCAGACGACAUCAUGGGCGACACGAACAAGAACGAGAAGUUGGAGCAGGCCGCAUGGACCAUCAAUCGCAUGUUCACGAUAUGCUUGAGCGACAGAGCCGAGGAGAAUGAGUCACGCAGAUGGGGCAUUUACAGCACGACCAACUUACUCUUCAAGACAUAUUUCAAACUCAAUUCGGUCUCGCUUACCAAAAAUGUCAUUCGUGCUUUAGAAGCCGCAGCAGAUGACAUACCAAAUCUAGUGCGAUUUCCGAAAUCUCACCAAUGCACGUUCAAAUACUACCGCGGAGUUAUUGAGUUCUUGCAGGAAAACUACACUGAUGCUGAACAGAAUCUGACGGAGGCAUUGCAUCUCUGUCACAAGGACUCCCUGAAGAAUCGAGAGCAGAUCCUGACCUACCUAGUCCCUGCACACAUCAUCAACCACCACCAACUGCCCAGCAACGCCCUGUUGGCUCCUCAUCCAACCCUGUCAAAGAUCCUCACACCAUUAAUCAUCGCCAUUCGCGCCGGUUCACUCGCCGCCUUCGACGAUGCUCUUUCUGCAGCUGAAUCAGAACUAGUCAGGCGCCGCAUUUAUCUCACUCUUGAGCGCACCCGCAACCUCUGCCUGCGCAACCUGUUCCGGAAGGUCUUCUUAGCUGCAGGCUGGGAAGAAACCAAGGAUGCAACGACUGGAGAAGUGACAGGCAAAAUUCGCCGAACGAGGAUCCGUAUCGAAGAGUUUGAGGCUGGAAUGCGCGUGAGUUAUAAGGGUGACACGGAUGUGUUGAUCGAAAGGGACGAGGUCGAGUGUUUCUUGGCCAACAUGAUUUACAAGGUGCGUCGUGUUGCCUAUUUUAUGUUCUUUUGCCAACCCCCUCUCGUUUCCAUCCACCUAUCACCAAAGACACAUUCAGUGUAA